AUGGCCCGCAAGUUAGUGAAACCUGAAGAGCUCCAGCAUUGGCAGUACACACCAUUUCCAUCGGCAUCGUCCGUUCGAAUUAUUCAUCUGCUACAAGCGAAGAAUGUAAACGACCAGUUAGAGUGUCGCUUUAUUGAAACCACGCUCGAGAGUAACCCACAAUACAUCGCCGCUUCAUAUGUUUGGGGUGAUAAAGCGAACCCGUCGACAAUUCUCUGUCAUGGAACAUAUCUUCCAAUCACUCGGAAUCUUGAUGCUGCUCUUAGAAGAUUUCGGCGAGAGUCUGAGGAUAUACCUUUAUGGGUUGAUAGCAUCUGCAUCAAUCAGCAAGAUAUGAUGGAAGUAAACCACCAAGUCAGAUUAAUGGGAGACAUCUAUCGCAAUGCAUCACAUGUGUAUGUCUGGCUUGGCAUCGUGCCUGUGGUUGCCAACGCCGGGGACCUUCUUCGCGGGCUACGAUGGUUUCAGAGAGGUUGGACACUUCAAGAGCUCAUUACGCCAAAGGAGGCGGUCUUCUUCACGGCAACUUGGAAGGCUGUUGGCACUAAAAAAUCCCUAUGUGGCGCUCUAUCAUCACUUACGGGAAUCCCUUCCAGAGUUCUACUCCUUGAAGAAAGCCUUCACACUGCAAGUAACGCCCAAAAGAUGUCCUGGGCUUCGACUCGAUCGACUACGAGAGAAGAGGAUAUGGCAUACUGCCUUCUCGGUCCUUUUGAUGUUAGCAUGCCAACUCUGUAUGGGGAAGGAAGUCGGAACGGUUUUCGUCGCCUUCAAGAAGAAAUCAUUAAAGUUCCAACCAAUGAGAGCAUAUUUGCGUGGCAUGGAAAGAAUGAACGUCCUGGGGCAUUGGCCGAAUCACCCGCUGAUUUUCAGAAUAUGGGAAAUGUGGAAUUUCUCGGUGCCAGUUUCCUGGUUCUAAACGACGAGUAUUAUUUACCAAUAGAGGGCUGA